AUGCAGUCUCGCGAUCUAUCUCCAAAUCAUUAUACCUUGAAUGCUUUCCUGGAUGGCUUGUGUAAAGUGCAGCAGAUUGACAAGGCCAUGAUAUUACUUCGAAAGAUGGAAGAUUCCAAAUUUGUCCCAGAUAUUGUGACUUACACUAUCUUAAUAAAUGGCAUGUGUAAUGCUGGAAAGCUCAACGAUGCUCAGGGGCUAUUUAAUUGUUUGAAUGCUCGUGGCUUGCAACCUAAUGUGUGGACAUACAAUGUCAUUAUUCAUGGAUUGUGCAAAGGAGGAUGCAUGGAGGAAGCAUAUCAGCUGUUAAGGGAGAUGGAAGGAAAUGGAUGCCUUCCAAAUGACGUCACUUAUAACACAAUCAUCCAAGGACUAUUAAGAAAUAAUGAAAAUACCAGAGCAGCAGAACUUGUCAAUGAAAUGGUUGAAAGGGGUUUUUCUGCAGAUGUAGUGACUACGGAGUUGUGGGUUAAAUAUGUCGUGACAAAUGAAACUUCUUCCUUUUCGAAGGCAAGCAUGAUGACGGCCUUUGAUCAAAUUAAGUCUGACUCUUUUGCUGAUUCGGUUAGGAAGCCGAAACCGAAGAUGAAACUGAUUGAGCUCAAGAUGCCUCCAGAGCAGAAACAAACCAUCACGAGGAUCAUCUUUGGCCUGUUGAAGGAGCAUGGUCCUCUCACGAUUGCAGACACCUGGGAACGCGUUCAAAUGCCUUCUUGCAUUGUUUGA